AUGGAGUCCAAACGCUCCUUUGUCAGCUUCAGCAGCGACUCGAUUCCAGUGUCCAUGGAUCGCAAACGUGAACCACUGCUUCCUUACUCGGAGAUAGUCUCUGAGAAGAUGGCAGUCAAAUUACGCAAUCCACUUGGCCACUGUCUCUACAAGCGUAUCAUCAUUUGGACUGCGCUGAGUUUGUUCAUGGCUGCGUUUGUUCUGUUUGGCAAACAUGACGGCACCGUACAACCUAUUGCUUCUGGGCAUGGUACUACCAAGACUGACGCUUCAUUCCUCGACACCAACGAGCCGACCACCGAAGAUUUCUACGAAGACAACGGCGAGGAUUGGGCAAACGAUGAAGCCCAGCGGAUAAUCGAUGCCGCCAGCAAGGGUCAAGACCAGUUGCAAAUUCAGGUGACACCGAGCAAGAACGAGAAGCGCCCCAGCCAGGACGAGAGCCGUGUCGCCGAUCAAGAAGAAGACGGCGAGGAUGAUGAAAAAUCCGCGGCAGAUGACGUGAGGAGUGCUAAUUCUCAGUUGCCACCAUCUGAAAAAUCUAACGGCAAAGGAUCCAAGAGCCAUGCAGGCGGUCAGUCCGGCACAGGUAAUCUCGUCUCAGAUGCCGAUGAAGCCGGGCAAGAUGAUGAGGAAUUGGAGGAUGAAGACGUCCCUGAAUACAACCAAAAUGCCGAGGAAUCAGAAAUGAACCUUCUUUUGGAAGGCGAAAACACGGAGCAACUGAAACAGGAGCUAGAGAAUCUGAAGAGAAUGCCCUGGCUUCGUUUUCCUCAUCUUAAUGCCUACUUUCACGGGCUCAAGACACUUGUCAGCAAGACUCUUCACAAUCCAGAGUAUCCAAAUCCCGAGCGCAGCGGCCCCUUCAAAGGCCGAGUUCCACUGAGAAAGGAGGUUCCGAAGCCGGUACCGUACAGCCCAUACGAAGAAUCCGACAGUAUUCAGACGUGCUAUUUGGACAAAGAGAACAAAAUUCCAGCACCCAACUUAUACGCCUACAAUGGCGUCCCCAGACACAUGCCAGACCCCGCUCUCGGAUCUUACAGCCUGUUUGGCAUGCGCGACGAUAUCUGCUUUGACCGAUUCGGCCGCUAUGGUCCAUACGGCCUUGGCUAUCGUUUGGCUAAGGGCGGAACAAGCGUUGGUCUGAAUACCGAAAGUUCUAACAGCGACACUGUUUGGGAAAAGUCUGGCCAAAUAGACUACAGCUCCGUGGACUGGGGGAAUGCACAGGAACGGUGCUCUGAGCGCCACUGGAGUCGCUACCGCCAAGUCGACCCCAAGACGGACGAACUUGAGGCUCCAAGUGACUCCAAGAAGAGCCGACAGGCUAUCGUUAUCCGUCUCUAUACUGGUUUUAAAUGGACCUAUCUCGCUGUCCUCAACUUCCGAGCCCUCAUCACGGAAGUCUCUCUCAAGUCUGGAGGCGAAUAUACAGUGCAUUUUUUGAUGCAUGUGCGAGACGAUGAAGCUCCUAUCUGGUCGGACGACGUGACGGUUCAAAGAAUCUUGGACACAAAUGUGCCUCCAGAGUUUCACGACAUGGUGUCUAUGUGGAGCGAGGCUCAGAUGAGAUUGUUCUAUCCGGGGAAAUUCAGCGCGCCAAUCCAGAAUCCCAGCGGUGCAGACAUUCAUGGUGUCUAUCGCAGUGCACACCUGCCCCUGCAAGUAUUUUCUAUGCAGCACCAAGAGUACGAGCACAUUUGGAACUGGGAGAUGGAUAUGAGAUUCCUCGGGAACUACUACGAGCUCUUUGAUCGCCUCGGCAAGUGGGCAGAUAAGCAGUCACGAGUUCGCCUGUGGGAGCGCAGCGCCCGCUACUACAUUCCGGCUCUGCACGGAGAUUGGGACAACUUCACGGAGACUGUGGAGCGCCAGACGACCGAUGAAGAAAGGCAGCACAUCCUUGGGCCACUGCAAUUUCACGGCAAGCGCCCCCUACGCCAUGAGCAGCGCGGCGAGUCCAUCCUCCCCGCAAGCUGUGCCGUUGGCAGGGACGAAAGCGAGUGUGGCGUUGGCGAACCGGCCGAUCUCAUUACGCUCAAUCCUCUCUUCGACGCCGACAAUUCCGGCUGGGUCUUCGCGUAUGAUACCACGGGCUACCCAUCGAAUCCCCCGCGACGAUGCGCCAUCAUCACGGCUUCACGACUUAGCCGCCGGCUUCUCGCUGCCAUGCAUGAGGAGGUAUGGCGCCACCACCAUAGCAUGUUCGCCGAGAUGUUCCCCCCAAGCGUGGCGCUCCACCACGGCUUCAAGGCCGCCUACGCGCCGCACCCGUUGUACAUUGACAGGGCGUGGAACCCACUCGGCGGCGCCGUCGACGAAGCGUUCAACGGCGGCCAGGACCACUCCACCUCCGGACCCGGGAGCCCGUUUGACCUGACCAACGAGCACAACCACAAGGGUGUCAGCUGGUACUACAACAGCGAGUUCUCCGGCCUCCUCUGGCGGCGGUGGCUCGGCUACGCGCAGCUGGACGGCCGCGGCCGGGGCGGCGGCGAGGGCAAUCGUGGCACCAUGCGCGGAGGGCGGGAGGAGGAGUCCAGGGAGGGGGGCACGGGGCGGAUGUGCCUGCGGAGUAUGCUGCUGCACCCCAUCAAGUUUGAAGACCCGGAUGAACGGUAG